CCCACCGCCAGCGCCGCGCGCAGCCGCGCAGCUCCCGGAAGUGCGCCUGGAGCCGGCGCCGCGGGCUGAGCAUUCCCCGGAAGACCUGGUUCUCCUCCGAGACUGUGUGAAUUCAGAAGCCAAGCCAGCCAGACGAUGCCCAUCGACCUGGGGCAGGCCCUGGGCCCGCUGCCAUCCCUGGCGAAGGCCGAGCACUCCCCCUUCUCUGGCCCAGAUGCUGCCCCUCCCGCCGAGCUCUCCAGCCCCGAGGCUGCACGCCGGCUCUUCCGGCAGUUCCGUUACCAGGUGGUGUCCGGGCCCCACGAGACGCUGAGACAGCUGCGGAAGCUGUGCCUCCAGUGGCUGCAGCCGGAGCUGCACACCAAGGAGCAGAUCCUGGAGAUCCUUAUGCUGGAGCAGUUCCUCACCAUCCUGCCCGGGGAGAUCCAGAUGUGGGUGCGCAAGCAGUGUCCCGGCAGCGGCGAGGAGGCCGUGAGCCUCGUGGAGAGCCUCAAGGGCAACCCCCAGAGGCUGUGGCAGUGGAUCAGCAUUCAAGUUCUGGGACAGGAAAUCUUGUCAGAGAAGAUGGAGUCGCCAAGCUGCCAGGCGGGGGAUGUGGAGCCCCAGCCUGAGGUGGUGCAUCAGGAUUUGGGUCUGCAGACUUCACCCGCAGGGCCUGGGGAGCGGCUGAGCCACGUGGUGAAGGAGGAAGCCGAGCCAGAACCGGGACCGGCCCUGGCUGCCUCCCAGCUGCCCUCCCCUCCCAAGGACGGGCUCCUCAGAGACCAGGAUUUUGGAGCUUCACUUCUCCCGACAGCCCCGCAGGAGCAGUGGCGACACCUGGACACUACUCAGAAGGAGCAGUACUGGGACCUCAUGCUCGAGACCUAUGGGAAGAUGGUCUCAGGAGCAGGUACUUGCAACUCCAAACCAGACCUGACUAACUCGGCAGAAUAUGGGGAAGAGCUGACAGGACUGCGCCUCCAUGGUCCUGAGAAGAUGCCGAGACCCCCCUGCCUAGGAGGUAGACAAGAGAAUGACAAAGAGAACCUGAACUUGGAAAACCACAGGGACCAGGAGCCUCUUGUGGGCUCCUGUCAGGCCUCAGGCGAGGCUCCCCUGCAGGCUCCCUUGAGAGGCUUUCUGGGUGGGGAGGAGCCUGGGUGCUUCGGACAUGGAGAGAGCCUCCCUGCAGCCCUGGAGAGCCUCCACGGGGCAGGGACGGAAGGACAGGUGUCUUCUCCGGAAAGGAAUUCUGGGAAACCAUCGGGCCAGCCCUUGCCUCUCGCUCACCCAGGAGAACUGCCCGCCACCGUGUGGCCCGAGGAGAAGAGGGAGGCCUUUCCAAAAGCCCAGCCCAGAGCCCCGAUGGCCCAGAAGCUGCCCACGUGCAGGGAGUGCGGGAAGAGCUUCUACCGGCACUCGCAGCUCGUGUUCCACCAGCGGACGCACACCGGCGAGACGUACUUCCAGUGCGCCAUCUGCGCGAAGGCCUUCCUCCGCAGCUCCGACUUCGUCAAGCACCAGCGCACGCACACCGGGGAGAAGCCGUGCAAGUGCGACUACUGCGGCAAAGGCUUCAGCGACUUCUCCGGCCUGCGGCACCACGAGAAGAUCCACACGGGCGAGAAGCCCUACAAGUGCCCCAUCUGCGGGAAGAGCUUCAUCCAGAGGUCCAACUUUAACCGGCAUCAGAGGGUUCACACGGGCGAGAAGCCCUACAAGUGUAACCACUGCGAAAAGAGUUUCAGCUGGAGCUCCAGCCUGGACAAACAUCAGAGGUCCCACUUGGGCAAGAAGCCCUUGCAGUAGCCCGAGUUCUGGGG